AUGCAUGCAUUGGUCUCAUCGGAGGUGAAGGCAGUAGUUCCAGAAGAAGACAAUUUGUGUAUUCAAACAAACAAAUGGUAUAAAAAGGUUGUGUCGUAUGGGCACAAAAGCACAGCACAAAUCUCUAUAAACGGCAAACCCCGACAGUAUGGUCAGGGUCUCACUCGACCUACAACUAUGCAAACAAUAGCCGCUUGCAAACUGACCAUGAUAACUUCGGCCAACACGCCUCCCUCACCCCCAUACGGUAGUCACCCCCUGCGUGCACUGGUAUUUAGGGGCAAAAAUUACGUUUACAUUAGCCGUCAAACAGUGCAUUUGCACGGACUGUAUGGGGAAAACGCAUACAAACGCAGAGAAAUGGGUAAAAGAGAUCGCGAGGGCUGUAGCCGAGGAGGUCUUGGGUGUCCGCGAGGAGGUUGGGGUCCACAGAGGGGUUGGGGUCCACGUGGAGGCGUCCAUUGGGGACCCGAUCGGCAGCACACAUACCACACCUCCUUCUCGUCGGACUCGGAAAUGUCGGGCGAUUCGGACACCUCUUUGGGCCACAAAAUACCCAAAAAGAUGAGAAAACACUUCAAAAAACAUUUGAAACAUUGGGGCAAACAUUGGCACCGAAUGGGUCACCACUGGCCCCCUAUGCCUCCCCCGUGGACAGGGGCUGGUCCUCCCGGUCCCGGUGAUGGCCUUAAGACUCAGUGCACUCUAUGCUGGCAUAGAGUGAAACCCCUGACAGACACAGAAGUGCUGGAAUGCGGACAUAUCUACCAUCGCGUGUGUCUGAAGGAGUUGUUUGAGUUGGCGAUGAAGGCGUCCACGAAUGAGGAACCGUUGGAAGUGUUCUGCAGUCACUGUAAGGAUAAGAUUGACGACAAUCUCAUGAAUGAGUUCCGCUUGAGAUUCGCCGGAUUGGGCGCCACUACCACCACUAUUACUACUGAUACUACCUGUGCCGGCACUAGUGGUGGACAGGCAUCCACUUCGCGAGCAUCGGAUGGCGAGUACAGCAGUGGACAGCAUAUGGUCGUCGAUAUAUUGAAUUGAUUUGCAAUAUACUGUGU